GUCCUUAUGACUCAGGUCUCUCCCCUUGACUAGCCACUUGGACCCGUCCACAUCCCACGAACACAGUGAUUUACACAACAAACCGGCCCUCGAACUGCUGCAUAUAUAGGGAAGCAUAGAUUCCGCUUCUAGACGACAGUCAGGAGUGCUUAAGAGCCUCAGUUACGAAGAGGGACGUAUUGGGCGAAAGAGGAACCCGGCUUUACCCUUUCCAUUGGCUUCUUCUGCCUCCGCAAUCGGCCAAGAUGCCCAUGCUCAAGGACCCCUCCAAAAAGUACAAGAGAUUUCCUCCUCUCAAGCUUCCUGACCGCCAAUGGCCGGACAAAACCAUCGACAAGGCCCCUCGGUGGCUGUCGACGGAUCUUCGAGAUGGCAACCAAAGUUUGGUUGACCCGAUGAACGGCGAGCAGAAGUGGAAAUACUUCCGCAUGCUGUGCGAGCUCGGUUACAAAGAGAUUGAGGUGUCGUUUCCUUCGGCAUCUCAAACCGACUUCGACUUUACGAGAAGCCUGAUCGAGACACCGGGAGCCGUACCCGACGAUGUCUGGCUCCAAGUCCUGUCCCCUUGCAGAGAGGAUCUCAUCCGGCGCACAAUCGACUCUCUCAAGGGCGCCAAGAAGGCCAUCGUUCACAUAUAUCUGGCCACCAGCGAGUGCUUCCGGAGGGUCGUCUUUGGCUUUACCGAAGAUCAGAGCGUCGAGCUGGCGAGCAAAUGCGCGGCCUUGGUCCGGUCUCUGACCAAGGACGACCCCUCGCAAUCCGGAACCGAAUGGGCGUUUGAGUUCAGCCCGGAGACCUUCUCCGACACCAGCCCCGAGUUCGUUGUGAGGAUUUGCGAGGCGGUAAAGAAGGCUUGGGAGCCGACCGUCGAGAACCCCAUCAUCUUCAAUCUCCCUGCCACGGUUGAGAUGUCGACCCCCAACGUUUACGCCGACCAGGUCGAAUACUUCUGCCGCAACAUCAGCGAGCGCGAGAAGAUCUGUGUCUCCCUGCAUCCCCACAAUGACCGAGGCUGCAGCGUCGCGGCAGCCGAAUUGGCUCAGAUGGCCGGCGCCGACAGAGUUGAGGGUUGCCUGUUCGGUAACGGAGAGCGGACCGGCAACGUCGACCUUGUAACUCUGGCCCUGAACCUUUACACCCAGGGUAUUUCGCCCAAUGUCGAUUUUUCCGACCUCAAUAAGGUCAUCCAAGUGGUGGAAGAAUGCAACAAGAUUGAGGUGCACCCACGUGCGCCGUACGGCGGUUCCUUGGUGGUGUGCGCUUUCAGCGGGUCGCACCAGGACGCCAUCAAGAAGGGUUUCCAGGCGCGCGAGAGGGAAGGCAAGCAGUAUGACGACCACUGGCAAAUUCCUUACCUCCCCCUUGACCCCAAGGACAUUGGGAGGGACUACCAGGCCGUCAUCCGCGUCAACUCGCAAAGCGGCAAGGGCGGCGCUGCCUGGAUCAUCCAGCAGCAUCUGCACCUCGACCUGCCUCGUGGCCUCCAGGUCGCGUUCGCCAAGGUGGUCCAGGAUAUGGCAGAAAAGAAGGGCCGGGAACUCCUCCCUACCGAGAUCACGGACCUUUUCCGGCAAACCUACUUCCUCACCCAGAACCCUCGCUUCCACAUCGUCGAUUACAACAUCUCGCCCGACCGAUCUUCGUCGCCGGCACCCCCAGAACCCGGCAAGACACAGGACACAACGGGCCUGAAGAGGGUGUUCGAGGGUGUUGUGUCGAUCGACGGCGUCGAAUACAAGCUCCGCGGCCGUGGUACCGGUCCGAUCUCUAGUCUGGCAAACGCCCUUCGGACGGUCGGCAUUGACCUCGAUGUCCACGAUUACAAGGAGCAUGCCGUCGGGAGGGGCCGCGAUGUCAAGGCCGCGACCUAUAUUGAGUGCACAGCCGCAGGAACGAAGAGCAAAGUGUGGGGUGUGGGCAUCCACGAGGAUGUGGUUCAAAGUUCUCUGCUUGCUCUCCUUAGUGCUGCGAGCAACUUCUCUCCUAGCCGGCAAGGCAGCCCCAUUCUUUCCAAGUCCACCGUCAACGGGACUAACACAGUCCCUGACAUUAUCAACGUCCUCGAGGCAAAGGCGGAUGAGAUGUAGUUUGGGCGCGCUGUGUGAUUUCGACCUUGCUUCCAAGAAUCUCGACAAAAUCUGUUUCACAUCUCUUGGGGGGAUAGAAAAAUAACAAAAGUUACCAAAGGAGGGGGGGGACAAAAGCAGAAACUACGCUAGUUGUUGCUCCUGAUACCAGGGGCGUAUCUCGACUUGAAUCUACAAAAAAAAGGAAAGUUACCGUGUCUUUAUCCUGUUCUACAAAUGACAUGGCACCUUGUAUUUGUUGUGAUAGGAAGCUGCUGGCUGGGUGGAGACCAAAUAAUCAAUGACAAUCACAUGUACGGAGUACGGAUGACGGAUUACGGAUUGCGGGCGGAGGGCUGCCCCCGACAGAUGAAAACGGAGGUCGAGAAGUAGGGUUAGGGUCAGGGUUAUGGAGUAUGUCUUGGCUUGCGUU